GAAUUUCAGUCGCGCGGCGGUAGCUGCGUUUGUGAUGUGCGUCAUUCAGAGAGAGAGAGCUGAAUGGAGUGUCUACGUUACGUACUUUUUACCCGCGGGAGUGUGUUGUCGUUCUUAACGACUAAUUGUGGCAAUUUACAUCGUUUCUGGCGACAAUAAUAGCGAACAACAUCGACAGCAUUGAAUGUCCGAGGAGCACGACGACAUUCGCAUACGUAUCAACAUUAUAUAUAGAAAUUGUGACCUGUACUUUCGCUUAUCCGGGGACGGACGCUGCCGGAUGACAGAACGAGAGACGAUAAUUGAGCCGGCGCUGGUACGUACUGCGUACAUCUAGUCUAAUUUGUUGAGACAUCAUAUCGCGAAUUGGGAAAUAUGUACGGCAUAUUACAAUGGCUCGAUCAUGGCUAAGAUGUCUGUUGGGGAUUUUAAUACCAUCCGUUGUUUUUUACUUGUACCUGUUAUUAAACGUCCCUUCCGUGGAGGUAAGAAAGUCAAACGUUGAAAGAAAUUGGCGGUCGUUGUCGGUAGAAGUGAAAAGGUCGAAUUUGCUGGAAGAUUAUUCUCUCGAACGAUCGCAAUUGAAAAACAAUUUCGAGGUGAAGUGCGACACGAUACACAUAGCUAUGGUGUGCGCCGGUUACAAUUCCAGCUUUUCCCUCGUAACCGUGGUGAAGUCUAUUCUGUUUUAUCGUACGAAUCCGUUGCAUUUUCAUUUGCUCGUCGACGAAAUUGCGAGGAGAACACUUUCAACUUUGUUCCAAACGUGGGAUUUGCCGCAUGUGAACGUGACAUUCUACGGAGCCGAGGUAUGGAUGCCGAUGGUCUCGUGGAUCCCGAACACGCAUUACUCCGGGGUUUAUGGUCUCUUGAAGUUGAUACUACCGGAUGCGAUGCGGGAGGACAAAGUACUCGUGUUGGACACGGACGUGACUGUCAUGAGCGACGUAUAUUCAUUGUGGAAAAUGUUCGAGAGUUUCUCGGCCGUUCAAACCUUAGGCUUGGUCGAAAAUCAGAGCAAUUGGUACGUAAAGACGUUGUCGUACGGUCAACGACCGUGGCCAGCUUUAGGUCGGGGAUUCAACACCGGUGUGAUGCUGAUGCACCUGCGACGGCUACGCGAUAGGAAAUUUGCGAGCUCGUGGAAUAACGUCACCAGGCACGUGCUAGGAUACAUAUCGGAGACCAGUCUGGCUGAUCAGGAUGUAAUAAACGCGGUGAUCAACGAGCAACCGAAUAUCGUAUAUAGGAUAAAGUGUGUUUGGAAUAUACAGCUGAGUGAUCACACUUUAAGUGACACUUGUUAUCGCGACACCAAUCGGAUAAACAUCCUCCAUUGGAAUUCCCCGCGUAAGCAGGACGUUCACAAUAAGCACGUUAAUGAGUUUCGAAAACUGCAUCGAGUCUUCCUUGAGAUGGAUGGCAAUCUAUUGCGAAAGCGCUUAUUCGGCUGUGACAAGCACGAGAGUGUACUUCCAUACAACGAAUCCAAUCCCUGUCGAGAAUUCGAGAAAGGCGCUACCGUUUUGUAUCGCACGUAUCUCUUUCUACUGGAGUACGAAUACAACGUGUACUCGUCAGCGGAUGUUGUUUUAGUCACCCAGUGUAGCGUUGAGAGGAUACCGCUGUUGGAAACAUUGGCGAAACAUUGGCCUGGGACUAUAAGUGUCGCCCUUUAUUUGACCGACGCGGAGGUUCAAUAUUUCCUGAACUUUGUGCGAGGUUCCGCGGAUUUACGCGCGAGAAGGAACAUCGCCUAUCACGUCGUGUACAAAGACGGGGAAUUGUAUCCUAUUAAUUACUUGAGGAAUAUUGCGAUAUCGUACGUAUCUGCCCCGUUCAUUUUUCAACUCGAUGUCGACUUUUUGCCGCAAUUUGGAUUGUAUGAAAAUCUAAUGAACAAUAUUAUUCGAUUAAAUAUCAAUGAAUUCGAUAAAAUAGCUCUGAUCGUACCAGCAUUCGAAACCGAGCGUUACAGAUUUACGUUCCCCGCUAACAAAGAAGAAUUGCUGAAAUUUCUUAAGCGUGGUAUUUUAUACACAUUUCGCUAUCAUGUUUGGACACAAGGACACGCUGCUACAAAUUAUAGUUUUUGGCGAAAUAGCACGGAACCUUACGAAAUUUCAUGGGAGCCGGAUUUCGAACCUUAUAUAGUAGUUUCAAAAUUUGCUCCGAAAUAUGAUACAAGAUUUGUUGGAUUUGGUUGGAAUAAAGUUUCUUAUGUGACCCAUUUAACGGCGUUAAAUUAUAAGUAUAUCGUUUUACCAGACACUUUUAUUAUCCAUCGACCUCAUGCCCCUAGCUUAGACAUCGGCAAAUUUAGGACAGAUUCUGUUUAUAGAAGAUGUCUUAAAGAACUGAAGGAUAAAUUUGUCGAAGAAUUGAUGGAGAAAUAUGGCGACAUUGCAUUAUCGAAACUAAAGAAAGAGCCCAAAGAAGACAAAGUUUAAGAGAGAUAUUAUAUUGUAAAAUUUUAAUAUUUUUUACUUUUAAGAUAUAAUUAAAUGAUAAGAGAUAAAAGUAUGUUAUAUUUUCAUCAAUAAAAAUAUA